CCGAGGUGAGCCAGGCUGGGGCUGGGGCGGUGUGGAGGCAGCGGAUCAGCGCAAAGGUCCUACAGUGGUCAGUGACAGGCACCCAGCAAACCUUGUAAAACUUUGGUGACUCCGAAAACUUCUCCUCACGUGCUCCCUGUUUGUGGGAGCGAGGCGGGUGGCCUCGGCCGACCCGCCCAUCCCUGCGCAGCACCCAUUGCGGACGCACUGACCCGGAGGCCAUGGAGCAGGGCGGCGUCCCCAAGCGGGUGACUCGGUGGCGAGGUGUCUAUCCGGGCGGGUGGGGGGCGGUUCCAGCGUCUGUCCAGAGUCCGCCCCGCCCCCUCCUGGCGGAGCCGCGCGGAGGGGAGCGGGGCGAGGCUGGGCAGGACGCGGCGGGGGCCCCGGCGCUGGCUCCCGGGCACGUGGGACCCCGCGCGGCGCUGGGAUGCGGCUCUGGCGACGCGGGACCGCUGAGCAGUAGCCCAGCGUGGAGGCGAAGAGCGGGCCGCCUGGAGGGGACGGGACACGGCGAGAGGUCGCAGGGCGCGGUCUCGGGAGGCGGCCGGUCCGACUGGCGCGGGUGCCGACUCAGCUGUGGGCAGGGAGAGAGCCGGGUGCGUGGGGCUGUGACCCGGUGGGGUCCGGUUCCGAGUCUAGGUGUAGCGCAUAGCUGAACAGUGGUGGUUGAACUCUGCCUCCGCUGGAGCUGGAGCGUGGAUCUCGGGUGAUGGCAACAGACCUGAGCCCCUGGAAUGACACCACCAAUGACACCUGGGAUGGAGAUGAGCUGGGCUACAGGUGCCGCUUCAACGAGGACUUCAAGUAUGUGCUACUGCCCGUGUCCUACGGUGUGGUGUGCGUGCUCGGGCUGGGUCUGAACGUUGUGGCACUCUACAUCUUCUUGUGCCGCCUCAAGAACUGGAAUGCCUCCACCACGUAUAUGUUCCACUUGGCUGUGUCCGACUCACUGUACGCCGCCUCCUUGCCACUGCUGGUCUAUUACUACGCCCGGGGUGACCACUGGCCCUUCAGCACAGUGCUCUGCAAGCUGGUUCGCUUCCUCUUCUACACCAACCUGUACUGCAGCAUCCUCUUCCUCACCUGCAUCAGUGUGCACCGGUGCCUGGGCGUCCUGCGUCCUCUACACUCCCUGCGCUGGGGCAGGGCCCACUAUGCCCGCCGGGUGGCAGCAGUCGUGUGGGUGCUGGUGCUGGCCUGCCAGGCACCUGUGCUCUACUUUGUCACCACCAGUGUGCGCGGGGCCCGUAUCACCUGCCAUGACACCUCAGCUCCUGACCUGUUCAGUCACUUUGUGGCCUACAGCUCUGUCAUGCUGGGCCUGCUCUUCGCAGUGCCCUUUGCUGUCAUCCUGGUCUGUUACGUGCUCAUGGCACGGCGGCUGCUCAAGCCAGCUUACGGGACCACGGGAGGCCUGCCACGGGCCAAGCGCAAGUCAGUGCGCACCAUUGCCCUGGUGCUGGCUGUCUACCUCUGCUUCCUGCCUUUCCACGUCACCCGCACCCUCUACUACUCCUUCCGCUCACUUGAUCUCAGCUGCCACACCCUCAAUGCCAUCAACAUGGCAUACAAGAUCACCCGGCCACUGGCCAGUGCCAACAGUUGCCUUGACCCUGUGCUCUACUUCCUGGCAGGGCAGAGGCUUGUCCGCUUUGCCCGAGAUGCCAAGCCACCCACAGACCCUACCUCUGUCCCCCAGGCUCACUGCCGGCUAGGCCUGCACAGGUCUGGCAGAAGUGACACCAAGAAAGUGUUGGCCAGCAGUGAGGACUCAGGUUCCAUUCAAGGGGUGAGAACACUAAGACAUCCGACUCUAGGACCUGAGCUCCUCGGGCCUGUGCAGGUUUAUGUGGCAGAGCUAUAG